AUGGAAACGACAACAAAGAAGCAUUUCGUCUCAGCAGACAAUGCUCGAGCUUUUGUCCAGUCUGUUCUAACAGCCAACGGUGUCUCUCCGGAAAACGCCAACAUCAUCGCGGAAUGCCUAGUCCUUGCAGAUUUGCGUGGAGUCGAUACUCAUGGCAUUAACCGCAUCCCAUCUUACAUGGAGCGGGUCCGGCAGGGGGUACUGGACGCCAAGGCCAUUCCCGUCCUUAACCAGAUCACCCCCGUAGUGGCGCAGGUAGAUGGACAGAACGGAUUCGGGUUCCUUGCCGCCCAUAUGGGGAUGAAGCGGGCGAUCGAGAUGGCCCGCGAGUUCGGGAUUGGAUUCGUCUCGGUGAAGCAUUCAAAUCACUUCGGGAUGUCUGCGUGGGUUGUGCAGCAGGCCAUCGAGGCGGGGAUGAUGAGUUUGGUUUUCACAAAUUCAUCGCCAGCGCUGCCUGUUUGGGGUGGCAGGGAGAAACUGAUGGGGGUAUCCCCGUUGGCGUGUGGUGCACCGGGGGGCAAGGAGAAACCGUUUAUACUGGAUAUGGCGCCCUCGGUUGCGGCGAGGGGCAAGAUCUACAAGGCUGCGAGGCGCGGCGAGAAAAUUCCGGGUGAUUGGGCUUUGGAUGGCGAGGGACGGCCGACGGAUGAUCCAAACAAGGCGCUUGAGGGAGUGAUGUUGCCGAUGGGAGGGCCCAAGGGGUCUGCAUUGGCGGUCAUGAUGGACGUGUUCUCGGGGGUGCUGUCUGGGUCUGCUUUUGCAGGACAUGUCACCAACCCGUAUGACCCUUCCAAGCUGGCUGAUGUAGGACAUUUCCUUGUCGCUAUCAAGCCAGACCUUUUCAUGGGGCUGGAGGAGUUCAAGGAACGCAUGGAUUAUCUAUACCAACGAGUGGUGGGCUCCGAGACGAUGGCAGGAGUAGAUCGAAUUUAUUUCCCUGGGGAGAUUGAGCAGCUCACUCAUGAAGAGAGGCUGGAGACUGGUAUCCCGUAUGUCCAAGCCGAGAUUGAUGGGUUAAACCGGGAGGCUGAGAAGGUCGGUGCCACCGAGAUUGUUGUGAAUUAG